GCUUGCACCAACUGGUUCAGAGGCGCGGCCAGCAUAAGCUACCCCGUUUCGUUGUAUCCUUGGGAGGAAAAGGGAAGGGACAGGAGAAACCAGAAAAGCAUCCGCCCUAUCUGUUCUUCAUAUAUACUUCUCAGUUCCAGUCUUCCAGCAGUACGUAUGGGUACCAGCAGCCGGCCGACGACGGUGAAGGAGGGGAAGAAACUAGAGGCGCCCCGCCGUGCCGGCAGCCAUGCAGCCGUGAAGCGCUCUCCGGUGGACAAGCCGCCGUUCACGCUGGGCGACAUCAGAAAGGCCAUCCCACCGCACUGCUUCCACCGCUCCGUGAUCAAGUCAUUCUCCUACCUGCUCCACGACCUUGCCAUUGCCGCGGGCCUCCUCUACUUUGCUCUGGUCGUCAUCCCUGCCCUCCCAGGCGUCCUCCGCCUCGUCGCCUGGCCGUUCUACUGGGCCGCGCAGGGGUGCUUCCUGUUCGGGGUGUGGAUCAUCGCGCACGAGUGCGGGCACCACGCGUUCUCGGGCCACGCACUCCUCGACGACACCCUCGGCCUGGUCCUGCACUCAUGGCUCCUAGCGCCAUACUUCUCGUGGAAAUACACCCACCAACGGCACCACUCCAACACCAGCUCACAGGAGCGCGACGAGGUGUUCGUCCCCAGGUUCAAGUCCGACCUGCCGUGGUACUCCCCAUACGUGUACAAGUACAACAACCCCGUCGCUCGGCUGCUGCUCCUCGUCGUGCAGCUCACCGUCGGGUGGCCGAUGUAUUUGGUGUUCAACACCUGGGGUCGCCAGUACCCAAGGUUCGCCAGCCACUUCGAUCCCUCUGGGCCCAUCUACAAGGGGCGGGAGCGCGUCUUCAUCGCCAUCUCGGACAUCGGCAUGCUGGCCGUGUCGCUCGCGCUGUACAGGCUUGCGGAGGGUUACGGGUUUUGGUGGGUGGUGCGCGUCUACGGCGUGCCGCUGCUUGUCGUCAACGCGUGGCUUGUGGUCGUCACGUACCUGCAUCACACUCACCGGGCGAUCCCACACUACGACUCCAGCGAGUGGGACUGGUUGCGCGGGGCGCUCGCCACCGUGGACCGCGACUACAGCUUCCUUAACCGAGUGUUUCACAACAUCACGGACACACACGUCGUGCACCACCUGUUCCCUACCAUCCCGCACUACCACGCUGUGGAGGCGACCAAGGCGAUCCGCCCUAUCCUCGGCGAGUACUACCAGUUCGAUCCCACACCCAUCGUCAAGGCGAUAUGGCGCGAGGCUAAGGAGUGCAUCUACAUCCAGUCCGAGGACCACAAGGGCGUCUUCUGGUACAGCAACAAGUUCUAGUACCUGUAGCAGCGGCAAGCGGGCGUAUAGGAAGGGCUGACAGAAUUAGCCAUGUCGGUCUUGCCUCAUCGCUUCAUCUAAACCCAUAAUCUACUUGAAGUCUUGAAUUAAUUGUAAACUCAAAUGAAAUUCUCAAUAAAAAAGAAAAAUGCCUCUCUAUAUAUCUUGCAAUUUCCUUAACUGUCUGUAAUAGGGAGCGCCAUAAAUGCAGCUACAAAUUACAAGAAUUACUCUA